AAACUAUUUUUCCUUUUCAAUUUCGACCCUUCUUCUUCCGCUCACCGUUGUCAGUUCCUUCGCGCAAUCUCCAAACCCUAAUUUUCCGACCCCGAUCUCUCUCCGUCUCUCGAGCAAAUCCUCUGCACAGGAUGCUUCUCUCGCCGGGCCACUCCCCUCGCCGCCUCUCCCCCUGCUCCUCUCCGGACCAAACCCUAACCCUAGACGCCGCCCCCACAUCCGCCGGGGCCGGAGCCGGCGCCGGCGCCGCGGCCUCCGGCGGUGCCCGGAAGCGGCGCCACGCCGUGCUCGACGAGGACACGUACGUGGCGGCGAUCGAGAAGAUCAUCGAGCGCGACUUCUUCCCCGACCUCCCCAAGCUCCGCGACCGCCUCGACUGGCUCGAGGCCGCGCGCUCCGGCGACCCCGUCCUCAUCCGCGACACCCAGCUCAAGAUCCUCGAGCGCCGCCGCGCCGCCGCCGCGAAGACCCCCUCCGCCGCCGCCUCCUCCGCGCGCCGCUCUCGCACCCGCACCCCGGGGUCCUCCCUCUUCCCCUCCUUCUCCGCCACGCCCUUCGGAUCCGACCGCACCCCCUCCGCCGCUCCUGCCGACGCCCCCGUCCCCUCCGCCCCUGCGGAGGAGACGGGCGGCGGCGGCGGCGUCGUCGACGCCUCCCUCACGCUCGAUGAGUUCUUCCGCCGCUACACGAGCGAGGACAACGAGAGCUUCUCCAAGAUCAUGGACAAGGUCAACCGCAAGCAGCGGGAGCGCUACGCGCAUCUGCUGGAAGGGGAGAAGGAGCCGGUCCAAGCCCUAGAGGACGAGAAGAAGGAUCGGAUCACCGACGGCUACGGCACUUCCGGUCAGCCCGUGAGCACCUUAGAUUCUUGGAAAUACACCGCGAAGAAUCUCCUAAUGUAUUACCCCGCCGAUCGCGGCGAAGCGCCGCUGACCACGGAGGAGCAGGCCGAGCGGCUCAAGGGCUUAUCGAAAGAAAUCGAUCGCUCGAACACCCGGCUCAGAGCCAAGUUGUCGGCUGCGGCGGAAACCAAUCCCGGCAAGGAAGGGGAUGCAGACCCAAUACUCUACACGCUGGUCGCCGGCACCACCCCGACUGCCGGCUCCUUCGGCGACCGCGAGAUGGGGAAAUCGAAACGGUAUGAUUUGGAGGAAUUGAGGAAGACCCCGAACCCUACCGGUAAUCCGUUCUAUGUGGAAUCCAACAAGAAGGCGGAGAAUGGGUAUAGUUUUGUGAAAACGCCGUCUCCCGCACCGGGGGUAGAUGAAUCACCCUUCAUGACAUGGGGAGAGAUAGAGGGAACUCCGCUGCGAUUGGAUUUGGAGGAAAUGCCGUUCGAUGUCGGUGGGAGUAGCGACGGGUCUCGCUUUAGGAUCCCAUUGCCUCCCUCCCGGGAUGUGAAGGCCCACGAGCUUUCCAGGGAAGCCGCACGGAAGCUGAGGGCGAGGUCUAGAACGUUCCAGAAGCCGCCGUUGCCAUCGCCGGCCAGGGGCGGUAGUAUGAGCCCGAGCGUCCGGACGCUCUCCCCCGCCGCCCAGAGGUUUGUGAGGAAUGCCAUCGCGAAAUCUUCACGUUCUUCCGUUGACGAGACUCUUCGCGCGAGUUAUCGGGGCUCAAGUCCGGCUAUUAAUAGCACUCCAAAAGAAAAGUCGAGGUUUUCGAGAGAUGUGAGCUUGGAUUCAAGAUCCCCUUCUGCGGGACAAGAGUCCUCUAAUCCCUGGUGAUGUGAGUUGGUUUUGUAUGUUUUUUAAGUUCACGUCUAUGUGAUAAUCAACCUGCCUAUGUAUCUACUGAGUUAGAAUGUUCUACGUGUUCGUAAAAGAGAUAAUCUGUGGUGAUGCUCUUCUUAUCUUGUUAAUACGACUACUUGGUUGCAGUAGCUUGUUUUAUAUCAAGCAUGUGAUGAUUUUGUUAAUGAUGGAAAUCUCCUAAAGAGUUCAUUCACUUUCCAGCUUA